AUGACCGAAUUUUCUAUGCCAAAUUUGGGAAAUAAAAUAGAGGAUCCAUGCCAGGAAUGCAGAGAGCGCCACUUGAAAUGCGACGACAACCCAAAAUGCAAGCAAUGUGAACGCCUCGGAGGGACGUGUCGCAGGGGGAAAGGGAGACUGAGAUUUCGCUACGGGUCCAGCGCUCGUUAUGAUGCGAACUUUUCCAAGGAUCAAACAUGGCUGGAGCAAACCAAGAAUGCAAAAUUCCAAUUUGUCGAUCAAGGCCCUGAAUUGGAGAACUACUAUUCUCAAGAUGACUUUGCGGUCAACAAUGCCAAACCGGUCGCGGAAGAGCAGAGGCAAGAUAAUACGAGGCUUGACCCAUACAAACGACUGCAACAUCGGCUCGAUCCAGACUUAUCGCCCACACUGCAUGGCGCACCAUCUUCCGAACCACUUCCUUUCUUGUCUCCCACAACUUCGAAUAAUGAAACGGCCCUGAACUCUGGUGCUGAAUCAUGGCAGCAGCAAACUGCUUACGAUCCGGUUCGCGGCGACACCUCUCAUAUCUAUCGAAUCUAUACUCUCGCCAAACCCUAUAGCCCUGUUGGCGUCAACGGCGUCAUCGCAAUGGGUGAACCACGCCAUAUUCCAAAGGUCGUGGAAGCAGAAUAUGGUCGUUUGGCCGACUCGGCUGCAGCGACCAUCCCAGAAGAGUCUCUACUCUCUCCUGCCGCCUGGAAAGAAGACUUCUACUGGCCCAACAAGAAUACGACGACACAAUGUGCUUGCCUAAUGCGAUACUAUAUUGACCACCUUGCAGCCUGGUUUGAUGUUGGAGAUCCAUCAAGACACUUUACCCUCACGGUACCUCAACGGGCACGAAGGUGUCCUCCACUCUUGAACGCCAUAUUUACUGCGGCAUCACGACAUCUUGCGAAUGUUGCUCAGCACAGAACAGCAGACGGGAUCGUCGUCAAAUAUCAGGAUGUACUCUUGCCCACACUUACCCAGGAGACUGCCGUGAAAUACCACAACGCUUGUAUCGCCUAUCUCAUCAAGCUAUCCAACGACCAGGAACAUGUUAGGGACGAAAACUUACUCGCUGCGGCGGUGAUACUGCGUUACUAUGAAGAGAUCGACACCGCAUUUACAGGCGAAGACAGCGAGACAUUUCUUCGUCCGUUCCAAGUCUUCGUCAACGCUCAGUUGUCUCCCUACUCACAUAUCCUAGACAAUGGACAGAACCCGGAAUACCUCAGGCCAGGUUCAGCAGCGGGAAUCUACGAGAACACACUGUCGUACUUGAAGAGCUUCCAACAUGCGGCUUUUCGGAUUGCUCUGCGACAAGAGACAACGAUCGCAUUUCUCAAACAGAGAGCCGUCCGGCUACCACUAGAAACUUGGUCCAUUCUGCAAGGCUUCGACGAAGUUGAGGAUUUUGUAUGGGCCGAUCGUCAUCUCUAUCACUGCGCCAACGUUCUGCAAUUCUGCUUCGGUGGAGUUGGCAAUUCUGGCCUGACGCAUAUCGAGCGGUGGAACCAGCUCAAACAAUUCGAGACACAAUGGGACCAGGCCAAGCCUCUAUCGUUUGCACCCAUUCACUAUCAAGAGCCGAAUCGCAGCAAGGGCGAAUGUCUGCCGCAGAUAUGGUACAUGGCUGAAAUCCACGUCACCGGGCUGCUGUUCCUGGAUCUCGCUCGCAUCCUGUUGACGGUGUACAACCCGAACAUUCCUCGAAUUGGGCCAGGGGUGACGGCCGCUCACAGGCAUAUGACGAAGGAAGUACAUGACAUUGUGAUCCGACUAUGUGGGACGGCCAUGUCGAAUCCUUCGUCACGGCCAGCGAUGGUGCAGGCUUAUAUGGCCAUUGCUGUCUGCGGAGAGUACUUUUCGGAUCCUGUCGAGCAGAAAGCCUUGCUUGGGAUUUUGGAUAAAUUGAAGAAAGAGCAUGGCUGGCCCACGGGCCGGACAGCGCUGGAAUUGAAGCGGGAAUGGGGCUGGACAUGA